CGCAGUGCAACGUCAGCCGCAUAUGCAAACGAGGUUGAUUGAAGAAAUUGAGAAAAUGGUGGAUGGAUGUCGGCGCAUGCGUAAACAUUUUACUACACUCAGACAAAAAGUGAGACAGUAGCGAGUGGCGUGUUUGGUAGUGGCGCAUUGUUAAAUGACUAACAUUUGUAACGACUGGAACUCUUGGAUUUCGUCGCGUGAUUGACUUUAACCGCCGCAAAUCAAGAUGUUUGGCUUUCAUAAGCCGAAGAUGUACCGCAGCCUUGAUGGAUGUUGUAUCUGCAGGGCCAAGUCCUCCAGCUCUCGUUUUACUGACAGCAAACGCUACGAGAGAGACUUUCAGAGCUGCUUUGGUUUAGGUGAGACUCGCUCUGGAGAAAUCUGCAAUGCUUGUGUGCUGCUGGUGAAACGGUGGAAAAAGCUUCCUGUUGGUUCCAAGAAGAAUUGGAAUCAUGUGGUGGAUGCACGAGGAGGGCCCAGCCUGAAAACUACAGUGAAGUCAAAGAAAGUCAAAUCUCUGUCCAGACGAAUCAGACCGAACCAGAUCACCCGGGUUCAGAAGGAACUAAAAAGACACAAUUCAGAUGCUCAAAGCACUACCUCCAGUGCCAGCCCGGCCCAGUCGCCCAGUUACAGUAACCAAUCAGAUGAAGGCUCUGACUCGGAGUUGGCUCCUGGCUCCACCCGAUCUCCUGUGUUUUCCUUCCUGGACCUGACAUACUGGAAAAGGCAGCGAAUAUGCUGUGGUAUCAUCUAUAAAGGCCGCUAUGGGGAGGUGCUGAUUGAUCCUCAUCUAUACAAGCCCUGCUGUCAGAAGAAACAAGAGCAAGAGCAGGAGGAAGAAGAGGAUGACGAAGAAGAGGAAGAAGGCGACCUUGACAAAGAGGAGGUGCAAAGCAGUCAAGAAAUGAUUUCUUCCAUUCAGCCGCGCUCGCCUUCCCCUUCUCACCAAAUCAAAAUGGAGCAGGAAGUGGAUGAGGAGUGGUGAUGUCACAUUCCCAGGGUAUUGACUUGGCAUUCUUAGGAAGCCUUCGAGAGUCAGGGGCUGCAUCGUCGGCCUUAGACACUCUCAAAGACAUUCUCUCGGAUUGCCUUCGAUUCAAGUGCAGCUGGAUCUUUGUUUGUGUUUCCCAGUUUUAUUCUGGUUAAGAAUGUGUCUUUUUCAGUUUCUUGGCCGUCGAGUCAACUUCUUGUUUAAUUUAUCAGAUUGAAUUGGUAUCCUUAUUUUCAAGAGCCUGGUACCACACUAUUCCAAUUCACUCCUUCCUGUGUGGAUUUUCUUGUGCACUUCUGUUUUUGUAGACCAAGAAAAUGUGUUUGCUUUUUUCGACUCGCAGAAUGCUGGAUCUACAAACAUCACAGCAUCAAAAACUCAGAACCGACUUGGUGACCACAAUCUUGUGCUGUCACUAUUGUAACCCUUAAGCGAGACGCUCUAUCACCGCUGUGCCCUACCUCUGGGGUGACUGUCUUUACAGUUAGUGUACAGUAUUUAGGGAACAGUAAGUGGCAUUAGCUAAAUUCUAGCUAAAUAAAGAUAGUAACGUUUUACCAUCUUGCUGGUACAUAGCCAUUAUAUAGGGAUUUUCUUUCGUUUGGUCUUAAAGGGAGAGUUCAUCCAAACACGUUUGACUUUUCAGUAGAACACAAAGUCUGCUUUUAAAUAAUAGCCUGGCUGAUGUUUUACAUAUCAUUUUAAAUGAAUGAGAAUUGGAGCUUCAAAAAAAUGUAAUUUGCAUAAUAUUACCUUGAAAGUGUUUCAUAAAGCCACAGUCCCUAUUUGCUAUUUACCAGAAAAUCUUUUAAAAAAAAAGAACAGAAGUCACCAAGCGAGGUGAAAUUUUGGGGUGAACUGUUCCUUUAAGCUAAUGCAUUGUUUUCAAUGCAGGUUGUCUGUAUUCAGCCACACGUGGCCGGCAAGCUAAAGUUAAAUAUUUCUAAAAUUUUAACACUCCUGUAUUCAGUGUACUUGUGUAAAUAUUCAAACCUGUAGGUUUGACUGAAAGGGAAAGUUCACGCAAAAAUGAAAAUUCUGUCAUUUACUCGCCUUCGAGUUGUUCCAAAUCUGUAUAAAUUUAUUUGUUCUGAUGAACACAAAGGAUAUUUAGAAGAAUGCUUAUAACCAAACAGAUCUCGACCCCUAUUGACUCCCAUAGUAAGAAAAAAUAGAAGGGUAGUUAAAAGUGCCCCAGAACUUUUUGCUGUCUUAGAUUCUUCAAAAUAUCUUAUUUUGUUUUCAAUAAAAGUAAAAAAUGAUAGUCAUUUUUCCUACUGUGGGAGUCAAAAGGGGGCGAGAUCUGUUUGGUUACAAUAUUGUUCUCUGUGUUCAUCAUGGAAAAGAUCGGUCUCGCGCAUGAACGCUAAGGAAACUAAUGUGUUAAUGGCAAUCUGCAUGAAUUUUGCAUGGCCUUUUAAGAUUUCAGGAUUUUUUAUUCUUUGUUUGUUUUUAUUGUUUUGCAACCAUGUUGCAAUAUGAAUUACGUGGGCGAACGUUGAGACAGUCCCAUUAUAUUUUUGUAUAUAAAUGAAAGGAAAAAACUAAAAUUAAAUUACAUUAGAGAUUGAUUGCUAUGUGACGAUGUUGUUAAAUAAUUACAGGGAGUCAGUGGUCUUCACAUAUAUUUUAGAAUUGGAUCUUUUCAAUAUUGUCUCAUUCUAAAGCCAAAAAGCCCAUAAUUAUUGCUAUUUAUUUUGUCAAUGUCCAUAUACCUCCUCUCUUGUAAAUACAGUGUACUCUCAUUGGCAAAUAUUAGAUUUUUUUAGUGGCAUAAUAGGUUAGAACACAUGGUCCCGGUUUCAAAGACAAGGCUUUAAACUAGUCCCAGACUAAACCGAAAAUAAAUGGCUCUGACGUCCCUUAAAAUAUGUAAUUGCCAUUGUUUUCUCAAGAUGGACCAGUAAUGUUUUUAUCUAAAGCAUUUUAAUAAAAGCGACUUAAAUAUCCUAAUUUACCAAGGCAUAUCCUGACUUAAGCUAAGCCUUGUUUUGUAAACCGGCUAUGGUCUGUUUGUUUGGCUGUGCUUUUGUUUUUGAAAUAAUGUAUGUUUUGUUUCUUCAUUUGCUUUUCUCUUCAGGGAAAACAUAUAUUUCAAAGUAAAUAUCUUGAAUACUGAAUGACUGAACCGAUAUUACCAAUGCAACCCAUGUUUUUAAUAUACAAUACUUUUCCUAAUAAGCUAUCACUUAUAAGCAAAGAGUGUUCAUACUGUAUAUCCGGAGUUUUCAUUUAAAGUCAAAUUAUGUCCUUCUGAUGUAUUAGCUGAAUUUGUAUAAUCCCAGAUAGUUUAAUUCCAGGAGGUAGCACUAUUGAGCUCAUUUUUAUACACUCAAUUGCAGUCAUUUUAUUUCUCUCUGGGCAUAAAUGAAAUGCAUCUUCUUAAUGUUUAAAUUGGUAUUUUGGUGGCAGCUUUGUUCGUGAAUUUGCCAUAUCACAGAAUGACAUAAAAAGUGAAUGUACUUGUUAACAUCUGAUCAGGUGAAGCUUUCGGAGGCACUUAUGAGUUAUUUGUAAAUAAUCUACGAUGUGCAAGGCUAAACAACAAUUAUUACUUUAUUAUUUUUUGUCUUAUUUAUUUCAUAUUUAUUUGCAACACUUGUCUUUUGGUCUUUUCAUAAUCACAUUCUCCUCUAGGACUUUCCUGUCCUUACACACAGCAAUAUUGACUAAAUGCUUUUACACAGAUGGAAGGCCGAGAUUCACUAAAUGUCAUGGAGAGCUUCAUGACUGGGCAGUUAAAAGUACCGCUAUUAUAUUUUCAAUUUUUUGUUGCCCAGAUGCCCAUGUGAUACCUUUCCUUAUACUAGUUAGUUGUAGUGCUACAGGCAUGUAUGGUAGCUAUGCACUUUGUAUUCACAUUCUUAGAGAUAUAUGAAGCAGGUUUUGUAUUUUUUUACAUAUUGUACUUUUUACGUGUUCCUCAAUAAAUGUAAUUUGUGAUGAUCA